GUAGUUUUAAUGUUUCGUAAUACUGGCAGUCUGGCACCAGUACAGGCUGCUCAUUUGCUCAAAGAGUCAAAGCGAAGAAGCGAAACUGAAGAAAAUUGGAGUUUUUCGUACUUCACCCCUCUCCCGUUGUCUCCUCUAUUGAAGCGGACUCUGAAUUCUCCAUUGAAGCGACUUUCUGAGCUUUCUCUCCUCCAUUGAAGCAGCUUCUGAGGGUAAAAUGCGUUUAGCGGAGUUGGAAGUUGAUACAGGUGGUGAAUCAAUGCCAGAGUUGGAAAGCCAUGAAAUAUCGGCUUCCGAUGACCGAGUAUUUGAUGAUGUUAUUGAUUAUGAUGAGGGUGAUGAUGCUGAACAAGUCCCUGUAUGGCUUGGUUUUGUUGAAAAGCCUAAGAAUAGCCGGUUGCUUCUCCGUGAAGCCUUUCCGAGCAAAGCCGGAGGUGUUCCGGCUUGGUUGGAUCCUGUGAAUUUACCGACCGGAAAGUCUUGUCUUUGUGAUAUGUGCGGGGAGCCUUUGCAGUUCUUACUUCAGGUGUAUGCUCCUAUCUCGGAAAAGGAAUCAGCAUUUCAUCGAACUUUAUAUGUAUUCAUGUGCCUUUCUAUGACGUGUCUUCUUAGAGAUCAACACGAGCAAUGGAAACGCGGACCACAAGUGCCAUCUCGAAGUGUGAAGGUUUUCCGCUGCCAACUCCCACUUACGAAUGCCUUUUACUCAAGUAAGGCGCAGAAGGAUGGGAGUGCUAGACCAUUUGGAUCAGGAGCUCCCCUUUGUGCUUGGUGUGGGACAUGGAAAGGAAAUAAAUUAUGUAGCAACUGCAAAACGGCUCGUUACUGCUCUGAGAAACAUCAGGUUUUGCACUGGCGUGCAAAUCAUAAAGUCAAGUGUCAACAACUAAGUGUUUCUUCCAAAUCAUCUGAUGGUGGCUGUAUUGAUGAUGCCUCGUCAAAUGAGAUUCUCACAGCUGCAAGCAAAGCUCUUUGGCCUGAGUUUGAGAUCAUAAAUGAACAUGAAGAUAACUUUUCAUUUUCUGAAACUGAUGAAAAUUCUGAUUCAUUGGUCUCAAGGCAACAAAUGGAUGAAACAGCUGACUCACUCAUGGACAGUUUUGAGGGUGAUGAUGAUCGACAGAGCUGGGCGACAUUUCAACAGCAUCUUGCUAAUGCCCCUGAACAAGUACUGAGAUACUCUAGAGAUGAAGGGGCGACGCCUUUGUGGCCUACAUCAAGUGGCCGGCCAUCUAAAGCUGAUAUACCAAAGUGCUCUUCCUGUGGCGGCACAAUGAAAUUUGAGUUACAGAUCUUGCCUCAAUUGCUAUACUACUUUGGUGUGAACAAUGAUGCCAACUCGCUGGACUGGGCAACAACCGUGGUGUACACCUGUGCAGACUCUUGUGAAGGAAAUCCAUCUUACAAAGAAGAGUUUGUUUGGGUCCAACUUACCUCGCAAUCUUCCACUGAUGCUUGAUUACCACAAUUAGAAGCAGCCCCCCACCCCCAACACACACACCCCCUUUUUGUAGUGUUAUAUGUAGGAAACCUAUGUGGCCGAAGCAAGUCCCACAAUUUUGCUAAAUCCUUGUCUUGUUUAGUGAUUUUAUAGUUGAAAAUCAAGUGGUUUAUAUUUUUGCUGCAAGGCAAAUAUUCAGGUUGCUGGUUGCUAUAUAGACGAAACAUGAGAGAGAGGAAUUAUUUAGACUAAAACCACAAGAUGUAUUAUUAAAUCUUGUCCGAACUAGUAAUCAAGAUUUGGGCUUGUGCAAAAUUUUGAGUAGAUACAAAUUGAGUAUGAAAUUUUAUAUUUGUUA